CAGUCACUGGCAGGUAAACAAACCUGUCACUGGCUGGGAAGGCGAGACAACCAAAACGAGUAACCCGCGUGACCGAGUUAUUUAUCUUAUAAUUGCGAUUGUGGAGAUGUACAAAAGGAAUACACGUCUGUUGUGCCACUGUUUCAAUGAAAUCCAAGAUGAUGUGUUGCAGCAGAGAAGAGACUAAAAUGAGUGGGAAGACGGCGGCAACGCGCUCGGCAGAGGCAGCUGACUUCAUUGACGCAUGAUGCAUUGCAGUACUUUUCCAGAAAUGGGUGUUAACAUCCUUAUUCCUACAGCUGAACAUCUGAUUCGAUAGACCAUUUUGAUUUUUUUUUUCGCUAGAGUGUGAAUUUACUUGAUAGAGUCCAAUGACCAUCACCGCUGCAAAACUACAACAUGGGUCCCAUCAUACAAGAGCGCGCAGCAUCCACGACAAUGAAACGCGUCGUUUCCAAAGAGAAGAUGCGCGUCAAAAACACCGAAAAUAGCGGACCAAACACAGGUUUAAAGAAGGGUAAGAAGAUGAAGAAAGCAGUCGGCCAAAUGAAAAGUGGCCUGCCGGGACCCGCUCAGGACCAAAUCGUGGGAACAGUAGAGCAGGGUUCACAGCCGAGAAGUUCCAAGUUGAAAUCUGGCACCUUUCGGAACACAAACAAACUCGCCAGCCCGGCAGAAGCGCAAGAUGCAAGACCUCAACUUGGCCAACAUUCGAGUGUGCACCGAAAUGAGGAAAGGAAAACCCAUCAACGGAUGUCACCAUGCGGCACUGAGCUACAGCAGAAUCAUGGAGGGGCGUGCAAGAAUCGACGCGCACUCUCUCUCCCCCUGUCCCCCAUAUCAGGCCUCCGACACAUGCCGGAGCACCCGCUAACGCAUUCCCCAGCCCCUAUACCAGAGGCCCUUCAGGACCCCUACAAAGUUGACGACAGCGACAGUGCCAGUGACCUAUCUGACUCCGAGAGGCUGCCUGUGCUGCCAUCACCUUGUACUCCUUGUACGCUUCCUAAUCUAAACCUGCGAGCUGAGGUCAUAAACUCGAAUGACUUCCCACUGGACAUCCCGGGACCUCAUGGGAAUGGAGAUGAUGAAGACGAGAGUGAGACACCCGCCCACUGUUACCCGGAUUUUCUUCCGCCACCUUUCAACACCUGGAGCCUUAGACAGCUAGCGGUGUUUCUUCAUACAGAAGGUCGUGGUGCCCCCAGGCCUAAACCGGUGGGGGCUUUGGAGAGAUUCCUCGAGAGACUCCUACAGUUGGAGUGGCUCCAAAUUCAAACCGUUCAGGCUGAGAGCAGCCGCCCACCUGGAAGACACGCGAGGCCUCAGGCCGCAUCCGGUCACUCACCGAGACCUCAUACGGCUCCAUCAUCUCGACUUAACUCCCCAAAAGGGCCGCGGCACAGCCAGAGAGCCUUCCCAUAUUUGAUCAAUCCGCCGUCACCAGCGUCCGCUGCCGCACAGGUCCGCCCGUUAGUUUGCCCACAUUGUCACAUUCGCUACCCUUUGUGCAACGGGAGUUGUUCCGCCUACGCGUACCAGCGCCACUCGCGUCUCAGCCCACUGCUGGAGCGUAAAACCAGACCGGGGGCGCCUGUGAAGAGGAGCUGCAGCGAAACGCAAGAAGCCACCAAAGAAGGGAGGAACCAAGGAGCACAAAGCGGAGGUGGAGCCCAGAUCCCAGUGAGCCCCUCAACAGGCCAUCUUAGGCACAUGCAAGCUGCAGGCAAUGCUCGAAAACAAACCCGGGAAUUGGGAUCAAACCCAAACGGUAAAGGUCAGGCGAGGAAAAGUCGAGUUCGAACCAACUCUGAGACCGAUGUUAAGAAGGAACCCAGUGUGGUUAAAGCGGCAGGUACCGAGAAACAUGUUUUAGGGGCAAGUAAGAAAGGGGCCGUCACCGCAAAGAAACUAGAAGACUGGCAGAGGACGGCGGCAGGAGCUCAGGCACCCAAGACCGCCUUGAAAAGAGCUGCAAAAGAGCCACGGUCUCUUUCGAAAGCGCCCUCUAGUGGUGGAAAAACAAAAAAUGUCCAAUCUGCUCCCAAGUAACACGUAUCCCACUCGGCCUACGCAGUACCGGUACUUUACUCUGAGGUCACUUGACACUGGAGCUUGAAGCUAUGCUUGCUUUCUGUGUAAUACUAACACGCUGUAAUAUUAUACCGCUGUCCAGAUCACUUUUUCAAGCGGUACCACGUAACAAUAUAACAGAUGAGAAAUUCAAAGCACAACAUUGUAUCUAAACAGUAAAUAACGAUUAUUACAUUGCACUACGUACAGGAGGCUUAUCAUAUCUCCUCCUCAGAAAACUCAUGCAAUAAGAACCAAACCACACUCCAUCGUCAUUUCUUGUUAUGCUACGAAUGUCCAAAAAGGGAUGAAAAGUGCAACCAGUUGCCAGCUUUCAGCGUAAGUAAUGAAUCGUGACGGUUACCCGCUAUUGACAUACAUUAUUUUUGUCACUGAAUAAUGAUCAUAAACACUGGUGAUAACAAUCUUAAUGUAGUUAUAUUUACGUUUUCAGUGCUUUUAAACAAUGUAUUGACUUUUUUUCACUUUGCUCUUGGGUGCCUCAUUUUCAGAUGUCUUCUGUGCAUUCAUUGCAUCCUCGUCUGAAAAGCAGGCCGAUAAAUAAAUUGCAGUGUGCUGCAGGAAAAUGUGCGAGUUUAACAUGUGCAAGUUGCUUCACAUUUUUUUUUGUUUUUGUUCAAAAAGGGCUUCUUGUGUAUUCAAGCGCGGAUUGUUGUUCUUUGAAUAUGAACUGUAUUUUGCAAAGAGCUGAGCUCUGAUGUAAUUAAUGAGAGUAAUGUUUGCUAUGAAUGUAAAUGCGUAUUUUUCCAAAUUUUAUACACCAGUUAUAUUUAUGUACGUAUUGUGUUGGAAUUGUAUUCAUCAUCACCGUUAUUACGUUUACAUGUGUCAUACACAUCAUGGACAGUAUUUAUUAAAAAAAAAAAAAAAAAGCUAAAUAA